AUGGAGGCCAAGGACGACCUUAUGGUGCUAAACUGUGGCGUCUGUGGCCACGAUCAUGAGCAAAAUGUCAAGUGCAUGAUUUGUGGACAUAUUGGCAAAAGUCGGUCGUAUCAAUGCUUAAAGGUGAAGACGUAUACGGCGUUUGAAUUUACGGUACAGGGAUUUGAUUGUCUAGGACAGGAUGAGACGAUUGCUGGAACGGUUGCUGCCUUAAAGCAGUCGAAUCUAUCGCUUUGGACAUUUGUCCGGAUUUUACGGGGAAGAAUUUUUCCCAAUAUGGCAACAAUGCUGCCGGACGACCCGAUGUCGCGGCAUUUAGUCGCUUUUGUUGGCGAUGGACCGAUGGGUAUCACACGCUGGCGUCCUGCCGCUGAGGAGAGCGGAAGUCAAGUUGUCAUCAUUGAGUUCUUUGGCAUUGUCGAAAAUAAGCGACGACAGGGCUAUGCAAAGCGCUUUCUUCUUGCAGUCAUUCAAGACAUUACGGCUAUUUACGCGCAACAGUCGAGACGUCCGCAGGAGUUGAUCGCAACUAUGCCUCAGACUGAUUCUUUUGCAGCAAUAAGGUUGUUUCAGUCGAUAGGCUUUCAGCCGGUAUCAAGGGUGGAAGUGGUACAGGACAGGUCUUUUUUGCAGAUGCGAAUGGCAUGGAGUUGA